CCUUCUUUACCAGGCUUAGGUUUCCUGUAGAGGAUUUUGACAGGAUGCCUUGCAAGCGGCGCUUAUAGAAGUCCCCAUGGAUUAAUUUUUGAUUAAAAGAUGGGAAAACAAGUAGGGAUAAACAGGUUUCUCAGCAAAGGCGGGGAGUGUCAGCAAGCGGGUGCCAGAGGCUUCUCUGGUGUGAGCUGUUGGUAGGUGCGAGUGUCCCGAGAGAGGAGACGGAGGGCAAGGAUGAGAAAUCGCAGACAGAAGCAGAUUUAAGAAUGAUAAUAAAGAAAAAGAGAAAAGAAUUGCACGAGGAACCUGUACAGAAGAAGAAAAAUGUGAAGACUGUCAUUAAAAUUGAGGAAGAUGUUCCAACUGUCAUUAAAAUCGAGGAAGAUGAUAGGCUUGAGACAAAAAUAAGGAAAAAGGUAAAUUUUAAAGAUGAAUGUUUAGACCAAUCACAACCAAAGAACAAGAAGAAGAAAAACAAGAAAAAGAAAGUCAGCUCCAAACUACUAAAAGAAGCACAGUCAGAAAGCCUUGAGAUUGUGAAAGGUCACCUGGAUUCAGAACUUCAAGAGGAAUCAGAGGAACAAAUUAAAAUUCUCAAAAAGAAGAAAAAAAAAGUCCCAUGUCAUUCAUCCUUAGAGGAGGAUAAUGGGAGUAGUGGCAUGGAGCUUUCAAAUUAUCCUACAGAUGAUAUUAAGAAAACUGAAUUUUCUUUAAAAAAAAACAAAAAGGAUGCUGCUUUGAAUUUGGAACUGGAUGGUAAGGUAACAAAGAAAAAAAAGAAGAAAGGCAGUUCUUUUUCAUUAGAGGACAUCCAGGACAGUGAACAAAAGCAGUCUGAAAGAGUUUGUAAAAAGCCCCACAAAUGCAUUUCACAAGAAGUAGCUUUUACAGCUGAAAACCAUGACACACAUAAUGUCCAGAAUGAUGGGGAGAGUUGUGUGACAAAAAAGAAGAGGAAGAAGAAGGAUAAGUCUGAGUCCUUUUUACCACUAGUAGAUAAUAAGGACAACAUAUCUGGAGUUCCUGGUAGGCCCAUUGCAUUGAGUGACUUCAGAAAAAGGAAGAAGCAGAAUUCCUGGGAAAUUACAUUGACAAAUAGAGAGGAAGAGGACACUGGGAGUAUCAAAGAGACUAAGAAGAACAAGAACAGAAGCAAAUGUGUUUCUUCCUCAACAUGUGAAGAUCAGCUAGACUGCAAUCACAGCAUUCCUGAUAAGUAUCUCCCAGCACAGCAAGAAGUUGACUGUGAGGAAGAAAAGCUGUCUGGAAAAAAGAACAGGAAGAAUUUCAAGGGUAGUAAUGAAGUCACCAAGAAGAAAAAGAAAAAAAAGAUUCACAAAGAGGAGGAGGAAACAACAUAUUCAAAAGUUGCUUUAAACAAUGAUAGUGCCUCUAAAAACCAAAAAAUAAGACUACCAGAAAGAAAUAAAAAGAACAAAGGGGGUGAAAUGGAGCGAGCUGAGUGUGUAGCAGGGAAUGCUGUAGAUGGGGCAUUAUGCAGUAGUAAUCACAUGCUCUGUGACAGGAAAGGGAAAAAAAGAAAAAAAGUCCCACCACAGGACUUGGCUGAACAACCAGGUUCAGAAGCAGAUACAAAAAAGAUGAAGAUCAUUACAGAAGGCACAGGGAAUGAGUCACUGGAACAUCUAGAUGGUGUAAUUAUUGUGCAGGAAAAAAAAGGAAACUGUGAUGAAGUUAACAUAGACAAGGUGAGGCGACAGGCUCUGCAAGAAGAAAUCGAUAGAGAAUCUGGCAAAACAAAGGUUUUCAGUUCCAAAGUGGGACAGGAUACGAAGUUUGGACAGUGGAGUACAGCUGCUUUUAAAAGUUCUGAGGAAGAAAUUAAGUUUUUCAGACUGAUGGGUGGCUUUAAAAAGGGCUCUGGGCCUAUCCAAAAUCUCUCAGCAACUACAAACAAACCGAACAUGGCUCUGAACAGGGAAGGGCAGGAGAAGUUACAGCAGGCUCUGAAGAUGGAGUUUGAUAAAGCAAUGGACUUGAAGCAACACAGAGGAAUUGGUCUUGGAUUUCAACCUACUGCCAACAAAAAAGGAUACAUAGACAAAUAUACAUCAAGAUCUAUAAAAUUUGAAGAUUAAAACUCUGAGGUAAUAAAAAGAAUGACAAUUCAGGCAAUUUUUUUUUUUACUUUCCAGAUCUUUUUACUU